AUGCAGACAGCACGGCCAGCGAUGAAGAGCCUUCAGCUCCGACAACCCGACCUCUCAGAUCAGCUCUCAAGCAAGAGCAUCCAUCCUCUCAAUCUCAGCUCCCACACCCAGCCAACCCUGGUCACCUGCGAUGACGAAAGCGAAAUCCUCCAGCAAAAGCUCUUUCCCCUCCCUCCUGUCAUCAGCCUCUCUUCCCUCCGACCCCUCCCUGUCCAGCCUAACUACUCCUCAAAAUCAAGACUCGGCCCUUCAACUCCGAGUCCUCCUGCUGUGCGUGAGCCCCAGGACGACACCGAGCUCCUUCGAUCCCGCAUCCAGGCCGUCUUCCUCACCUACCGGUCUCCCAACACUACCCCCAAGCAGUACGUCAGCCAUGCUCAGCUCCUCGAGUCCUUCAAGGACCUCGCCGAUACUGUCAGCGGCCCCAACGCCUUCAGCGUCGCCUCCACCUCCUGCUCCUGCCAGAUGAAGCCCUGCCCAGCUUCGGGAGCUCAGGGGAGGUGCAGCGAGUGCGAGGGAGUGCACGGGGUGGUGGAGAUGCGGAGCAAGAGAGGCUCGCGGCCCCCGGAGAAGGUCAGGUGCUCCAUCCAGUCCAGCUCGGGCAAGAUGAUCCUCUCCAUCUUCGGCGGCAGCGACUACGGGACGGAGGUAGGCUUCAUCCGGCUGGAGGAGUCGUACGUGGCGACGUACGGGGAGAAGCCUCUGACGUUUGCGGUGGGGCUGAGGUCGAGGAGGGAGUGCUUCGAGGAGAGCGAGAUCCACUUCUCUUGCCACACGAGCGUGUCGCGAGACAAGUGGGUAGGGGCGCUGAUCCAGGGAGGGAGCAAGAGCAGGAGGAAGUUGGAGGACAGAUAUGUUAAAAACGAAAUGUCGUAA